AGGAUCGUUGGACAACGAGCUUCCUUCUUCGUUACAGCAACGAUGGCUUCAGUUUCCAGACCUACACCGGCACCGAAAAUAUCCCGACAGAACUGAGUGGCAGCACCGACAGGAAUACGGUGAAGACGGCUUUUCUGACCGCACCAAUAACGGCACGCUUCUGGCGAAUAGUGCCGGUCUCCUGGGGCCUGCUGGCAUCGCACUUCGCUUCAACUUGUUGUCAUGCGAGCAACAGAGCAUCACCACAGCCACACCUGUCACUCCGACGCUUUGGCCUACAGCCAGACCCACACUAGAACCCCUUUGUUUUACCAAGAUGGGUCUGGAGAACUACCAGAUUAUAACAGACAAGCAAAUCCAGUCUUCUUCUCAUCUGAACGAGGAACACAAAGCCAGCAUGGGGAGACUUACUCAAGACUACAGCAGUGGCGCCCCCUCUUGGAUCCCAGCUGUCACUGACAAACACCCAUGGAUUCAAGUGAACUUCGAAGAGCUAAAGCAGGUGUCAGGUGUGCUGCUGCAAGGCAGACCAACAGGACAGUUCCACGUGCAGCACAGCAUUGACGGCAUUACCUUCACGGACUACACAGACAGUCCUUCCACGCCUCCUUACAUCUUCCGAGCCACUGACUACGGCAACCAACCGUCUGCGCAGCUCUUCAACCGCAACAUCGUCGCCCAGUACAUCCGCAUUGUGCCUGUCGAUGCCACAGAGAACCUGGAGCUUAGAUUUAACGUGGUUGGCUGCAAUCCGUCUCCAAUAAACUACCAAGUAACUACGGUGAGCCCAUCUCCAGUGUCGGGACAAACACCAACUGCAGUACCACCCAAUGUUUCUGGUCAGACCCCCACAACAGUUAAUCCCAGUUUCACGACACCGUCAGUGUGUCUGGUUCCCAUGGGGCUAGAGAGUUCUUACAUCGUGACACCCGGACAGCUGACGUCAUCAUCCUAUCUAGACACCCUUCACGGGCCUGACCAUGGCCGCCUAUACAGUACAGUCACCUUCGAGACAGGAGGAUCAUGGAUUCCAAAAGUCGAGAAUACACCGUGGAUCCAAGUCGACUUGCGCUCCCUGAAACUGAUCUCCGGCGUGAUGACCCAAGGCAGCCCGGACACAGACCGCUGGACGACGUCCUAUACCAUCUCCUACAGCAUCGACGGCAACACCUUCACGCAGUACACUUCCCAGCCUGGCGACUCCACCCCGUACAUCUUCACAGGCAACACUGAUCGUAACACACCGGUGCGUAACCUCUUCAACCGUGACGUGUUGGCCCGUUAUGUGCGUCUGUACCCGAUCUCCUCGUCGCCUCUGGGUUAUGGUCUGCGUUUCGAUCUUCUUGGUUGCCGACCUGACAUCCCACCCACAGGAUUUACACCCACAGCUUCACCUUCUGCUGAGCCUGGCGUAUCAAUACUCGUCCCUAUCCAUGUUUGCAACGUUCCAAUGGGUCUCAGCAACCCGUUGGUUAUUUCCAACAGUCAGUUGAGGGCUUCUAGCUAUCUGGAUAUGUUCCACAUGCCUGACAGAGCUCGAAUAUUCACCGAGCAGGAUGGUCCUUAUGCCAGUGGGUGGAGACCGAGUGUAUCAAACGACAGACAAUGGAUCGAAGUGGACUUUUUGACGUCCUACGCGAUUGGCGGCAUCUCGACGCAGGGAAGUGCGGACAGUCCCUACUGGGUGACCCGGUAUGAGAUUUACUACAGUAACGAUGGCCAGAACUUCUACCCUGUGCCAACUUCUGGCAACCAGAUUCAAAACAUUUUUGAAGGUAACACCGACCAGAACACCCCCGUCAUGCACUUGUUCCCGGUCAUUCAUGCGCGUUACAUACGCAUCCGGCCAACAGAGUACCAUGGUGAAAUCGCACUGCGCUUCAACAUCUUCGGAUGCGAGUCUCCAUCAGCCACGCCCCGCCUUUGCUGGUCAGCACCCCGACGGUGGGUCCCAGCGUCACGCCCACUGCACAGCCUAGCAUCAGCCCCAGCUUCACGUCAGCCGGCUGCCGCUACUGGACAUCGUGGGUGAACAGCAACAAGCCUUCCGAGGGCAAUGAGUACGAAAGCCUGCAGAGCCUAGGAGGACUGGUGCACGUGUGCCAGCCACAGCAGGCGCUGGACAUUGAGUGCCGCGUAGCUGGCACGCGCGUGGCCUGGGACCAGGCUGGCCAGAAGGA